AUGGAGGAUUUACAGUUUCAAAAAUCAUAUAUGAAACUGUUCAAGGGAUAUAUAAAGACAUAUUUAAGAUUUACAAAAAAAUAUACAUUUAUUGGGCUUUUGUUUCCUUUGGCAUUAUCAUAUGUGUCUUAUUUUCUACGAGGAAAAGGUUCUGAUGAUUUUCUAUAUCCUUUUUUAUUUUUAUCAUAUCCUAUUUCAAAUACAUUUCCAUUACAAUAUGAAAAGGGAUAUAAAGAUAUGUUUUUUGUCCUCUUUCAUAUUAUUACGUUUACAUUUUUAAGAGAUUUUCUGAUGAAUAUGUUGAUUAAACCUAUUGCUGAGAGAAUAAAUUCUAUUCUAUUUUUUUAUGUCUUCGAUCUUCGGAAUUGUGAAUAUAUUAUGUUUAAAACUCGAAUUUGGUAUUUUAAUGUUGACGCCUUCUAUGAUGACUAUCCACAUAAAACACAUACUGUAUAUUUUAAGGCAUAUUAUCUUUUGCAGUUUUCUUAUUGGGUCCAGCAAACAGUCAUUUUGAUUUUGAAACUUGAAAAACCAAGAAAAGAUUAUAAAAGAUUUCUAGUCCAUCAUUUUAUAACUCUUAUGCUUAUUGGUUUGAGCUAUCGGUUUCAUUUUACAUAUCUUGGACUAGCAGUGUUUAUUACCAUGGAUACUUCUGACGUAUUUUUGGCAUUAGUAAAGCUAAUGAAUUACACACAAUGCAAAGGGCAAGGUCCUGUUUUUGGAUUCUUUAUUUUUCUAUGGAUUUAUGGACGCCAUUAUUUGAAUACUGUUUUUCUUUAUUCUAUUCUUACUAGUUUUAAAACAAUUGGUCCAUAUGAACUUUCAUGGGAAAAAGGGCAUUAUAAGUGUUGGAUUAGUCAGAUCAUUAUAUUUGUGUUAUUACUUGCAUUACAAGUUGUGAAUAUCUGUUGGCUAGUUCUGAUUUUGCGCAUUGCAUAUUUUUUUGUUAUACAUGGUAAAGCUAAGGAUGAUAGAAGUGAUGAUGAUGAUGAUGAGUUUUCAAAAAAAAAAGAUGAGUAA